AUGUGGGAUUGUAGGUUACGGUCAGAUGGUUUAUCACAUGGGUCUCGUGCUGUUCACGGUUCAUCGUUAUCCUCAACAAGUAGGGGGAGCAGAAGCUGGGUGGGAAGUGGACGGUAUACCAACCAUCAUCAUUCAGUGUCUGAUGGUGCACUUUCUUAUUCUGAGAGCCCACCUGAUAAUGUCCAGGAGCCCCGUUGGACAUCUCCAGUGCAAAAAUUUAAUCUUGGUGAGCUUGCUGCCUCUACUGCUGGAGGAUCAAGAUCCCAGCCCACUUGGUUUCCAUGUUCUACUGAGAGAAGAUUUGCCAUUAGACCAAGUGCGACAUCCCCUGGUUUUAGUUCCCCAUCCUCGCUUUCCGAGUCCAGCCAUUGGGAAUCAACUAGCAAGCGGCCAUUUGCUUUCUCCAAUCGCAACUUUUCGAAUCGACGCUCCUACAUGUCAAAAGCUGUUUAUCCUCUAGUAUUCCGCAACCCUGUGUCAGAUUGUGAAACCUUUGUUGAUGCGGAUAACAGCAGUCAUGGUAGGUUAACACCGGGUGAGGAUCGGAUAUCACCAUCUCAUUGGCCUGAUAACAGUUCAAGUGUUGAGUAUAAGUUCCAUAAAACCCUCACUGAACUUCAAAAGUUAGAGAUGUCACCAGACCCCAGUGCGAGCUCUAGAAGAGAGGGUUUUAGAUGGAGCAGUGCCAGCAGUUAUGAUCUAGGGAUUGAUGGAGAAAGGUUUGACAUAGCAGAGCACAUGGAUAUGGAAAGUCUGAGGUCCCCUAGUGGUCCUGUAGUGGAACAAAAGUGUGGAGUUUGUGGAAAACUUUUGUGGCAGAAGUCCCCCUGGAGUUCACAUCGAAUCAUGAGAGGUAGUGACAUGCCAACUGCUGGGGUAUUACCUUGCAGCCAUGUUUUCCAUGCUGAAUGUUUGGAACAAGUCACUCCAAAGACCCAGAUUCAUGACCCUCCUUGCCCCUUGUGCUUGAAAACCGUGGGGUCGAUCGAAGAAUCCCCACCAGUUUCAGAGCCCUUGCAGACAGCCCUAAGAUCUGUACGGAGAAGCAGAGGGGUAGUGAUAUCUGAGGCCCAGGGUGGUCACAAUAAUACUGAAGCCUCUUAUCAUAUCAAGGACAGAUUGAGGAGAAACUGGCCUCGUGCAGUGUCACGACGGAACGACAAUGGCCCUUCAAUAACGAGUCGUCUUAGAAGGCAUUUUACAUUUAAGGGCAAGUCUGGUAAAGACCUUUUCAAUUCUAAGGUGUUCCAGAGGACAGGUUCAUCUUCUAGCCAGAAACCAGCUUGA